CUCUGCGGAUCCAGUAUGGACCUCUAAGCAGAAGAAAAGAUGCUGCAAGGAACAUAAGGUGAGAAGAAAUCCGAGUUGUUGGCUUGUUGCUGUCCGAAAGUAGGUAGUGAAGAAAAUGGGCUCAAAGAAACCUUUCCUGGCGGCCCUGCUGGUGCAUGCUCUUUCUUCUGGCAUGACCUUACUCUCCAAGGCAGCAUUCAAUAUGGGUAUGAGCACAUCUGUGUUUGUCUUCUACAGACAAGUGGCUGGAACUAUUUUCUUAGCCCCUUUCGCCAUGAUUUUUGAAGGGAAAAGCGCUAAGCCACUUUCAUUACUGACCUUCUGCAAGAUUUUUAUGCUUGCUUUACUGGGGAUUACCUUAACCUUGAACCUUUACGGGGUAGCUCUCAUUUACACAUCUGCAAGUCUUGGUGCUGCCACGAUUAAUUGCAUUCCCGUCAUAACAUUUGCCUUUGCAGUUUUACUCAGGAUGGAAAAGGUGACAGUGAAAACUGUCCCCGGCAUUGCAAAAGUUGCAGGUAUACUGGUGAGCAUGGCAGGCGUUGUUACUCUAGCCUUUUACAAAGGUCCUGUCUUGCAACCUCUAUGCCAUUUACAUUUCCAACCUCAUAGCGGCCAAGAUCACCAUGCUGAUGGCCAUGCUUCCUCUGGCAAAAAAUGGAUUCUAGGAUGUUUCCUCUUGUUAGUUUCCUGCAUAUGUUGGGCCCUGUGGCUUGUAAUUCAGGCUCAAAUUUUGAAAAGCUACCCUUCCAAGAUUACUUUCACAAGUAUUCAGUGCCUGUCAAGUGCAGUUCAGUCAUUUCUUGUUGCUAUUGCUUUGGAAAGAGAUCCUCACCAGUGGAAGCUGGGAUGGAAUCUUGGACUACUCGCAGUAGUUUAUUGUGGGAUUUUCGUGACUGGUGUUGCAUACUACUUGCAAGCAUGGGUUAUUGCAAUGAAAGGACCAGUUUUCCAUGCUGUGAUGACACCAUCGAAUCUGGUCAUGACAAUUCUUGGCUCAGUGUUUCUCUUAGGCGAGACCAUUAAUCUAGGAAGUGUUUUGGGGGCAAUCUUGUUAGUGAUAAGCCUUUACAGUGUUUUGUGGGGAAAGAGCACAGAACAGAAUAUGGAUAAUAAUCUGGGUUGCUUGCCUGUUCAAGCUCAAACAGACUGUAGUACACAAGUGAAGGAAACACCAGUACUUAGCAGCAACCCUCGGCCAUCAUUAUCUAUGUAACAUCCAUGUUCUUUGAUGUGUUUUCCAUAUCUAUAUAUUAUUUUAUCCCCUGCCUUUUCGUAAUUGUGUUAUGGUUUUGG